CGAAGCGGCCAAUUGAUACUGUACAUUCAUUCGUCCAAUCAAAUCGCUUGCAAACGUAGUACAAAUCACAACAGUCCGAGAAGUGAUUAAAUUUCAUAUACAUUACGCGUUAUUUUAUUAAAAGCUCAAACGAACUGUUACUUAUUAUAAGAAAGGUAUCGUAUACCUACCUACGUGUCGUGUUGCGAAGUUAAAAUGCAAGUGAAGGGACUAAGAUUUACGAAAUAGCAUAAAAUUGUUAUGUUUUAGUCCAUUCGAAAGUGUGUGUGGGAUAAGUUUGCGCAGGAGAAACGGUUAUAAAAGUUUUUUUUUGUUUUGUUGUUCUAUAAAAUCAAAAUGGAAGAAAUCAAGAUGGUGUUAGAAAUUGAUAGUGACGGAGCACCCUAUGUUAUGUGGGGUAAAAAUAAAAUGAAACUAGAAAACAUGCCGUUGACUGAGAAAUCGUACAAAGAAAAGGCUGCGAAAGAGCUGAGAGAAGAGCCAGAAAUUGUGAAGGCGGCUUUGGAGGAGCUUAGGCAACUUUUAAGAGGGGAGGCUAGCUUAACGGUGCCAAUUGAUAACGACGAGUUUCUGAUGAAAUUUCUCAGACCGUGCAAGUUUUACGCUGAGAGCGCAUUCAAGAGGAUAAAAGCGUACUACAAAUUCAGACUGGCGUAUUCUGAGCAUUGUUUUGACUUAAGACCGGGUUCAGUCCGCUCAACUUUUGAGAAGUCCAUCGUGUCUGUGCUGUCUCCACGGGACCAGCACGGCCGGCGAAUUUUGCUUGUACAGUCAGAAAAUUGGAAUCCCCGUGACGUGCCCCUGACGGAGGUAUUCCGGGGGAUACAGGUGGCCCUGGAAGCAGCUAUAGUAGAACCCCGCACGCAAGUCUGCGGCGUGGUGACCAUUCUUGACAUGCGGGGCUUGAGCUUCGCGCAGAUAAUGCAGUUCACACCUUCUUUCGCUAAGAUGAUGGUGGAUUGGAUACAGGAUUGCGUCCCGAUCCGGUUAAAGGCAGUGCACGUAAUCAACCAGCCUUACAUCUUCAACAUGCUAUUUGCUGUCUUCAAGCCGUUCUUGCGGGAGAAGCUGCGUUCUCGCAUUCACUUCCACGGCAGCAGCAAGCCGGCGUUACUCGCUCACAUUGAAGAAUCUGCACUCAGGAAAAGGCACGGAGGAACUUUGCCAGAGCCUGAUGUCCCCGGCGAAUUACUUAUAAAAUGCCUCCUGCAUUACGAAGAUCAGUUUAAAUUGGUCAAUUCUUACGGAUACGUCAACAGCAGCAAAAGCAAAUCCUAAAAUGUCACCAGAAGCACAGAACUUUUGAACAUAAAUUUGUUGAUUGUAGCUGGUAAAUGAUUUUUAUUGUCGAGGAAAAUGCCCUAAUUAAGAACUAUCGAUAUUUCUUCUGUUUAAAUGUGUUAGAGGAAUUUAAUUUUCUAAGUAUUCGG